GUAACCGACUCCACCAAGUAGUUGCUGACUUUCAGUGCUAAUAUCAAGUGCAUGAGGCCAUAGUGGUCCUGAAUUCUGGUGUUUCCAUUAAGGAAAUCAAAAUCCCUGAUCUUUGAUCCAACGGUGAGAUUGGAGUUCCCGGGAACACGCAUAAUAACUCUCUCCACACCACUAGCGGCAAAUCCUAAGUACACUUUCCGAACAACCAAAGCAGUGUUAGUUUCAUACACUGACACACUUCCUUUUAGAUAGAGAUAUCAAAGAUGGGAUCUGGAGCUGGAAGUUUCAUCAAGGUGGUUCUAAAAAAUUUUGAUGUUCUUGCAGGGCCUGUGCUUAGCCUUGUGUACCCUUUAUAUGCUUCGGUUAGAGCAAUUGAGAGCAGGUCUCCUGUUGAUGACCAGCAAUGGCUCACUUAUUGGGUUCUGUAUUCAAUGAUCACCCUCUUUGAACUUACUUUUGCCAGAGUUCUUGAAUGGAUUCCUAUCUGGCCAUAUGCAAAGCUGGCCCUAACAUGCUGGUUGGUCAUUCCUUACUUCAGUGGUGCAGCCUAUGUUUAUGAGCACUAUGUCAGACCCUUCUUUGUUAAUCCUCAGAACAUUAACGUCUGGUAUGUUCCAAGCAAAAAGGACUCCUUGGGUAAGCCAGAUGACAUUCUAGCUGCUGCAGAGAAUUACAUUCAAGAGCAUGGAACUAAAGAAUUUGAGAAUAUGAUCACCAAGGCUGGUAAAUCAAGGAAGAAUGGUAGUCAUGCAAUGUAUGAUAGGAACUAUUGAAUGCAAUUUGUUAGCUUCUACCAUGUUUGGGUUAAGGGGAUGCAUGUACAUGUUGGCAGGGUACUGACAUUUUACUUCUUUGGAAUUCUUCUUGGCGUGUAACUAUCUCAGGCUUAGUUAUGAUGUUUUGUCUUGUGGCUAUACAACUAUGGUAUAUAGAGUUAUAAAAUAUAGAUAGUGGAGGU